AUGCAGGCUACAGGAACGGAUCGUGCUGCUGGAUAUGGAAUGAUGUUAGUUAGUGCUUUAAUAUUCGUGUAUUACACGAUAUGGGUCAUCUUUCUGGUAAGUUGUUACCCGCUUUGCAAAUUUAUAAGCUUUUCAGAUAGACUUUGACUCUUGUCAAGCUUAAUGUAUUUCGAUUUCAUUCGUUUGGCUUACUGAGCUAUUUUGGUGUCAUCGAGACAUUUCAAGAACAGAAAGUUUUUAUAUAACCUGAGGGAAACAACUAUGAAGCAUUUCACAACAGCUGAAAAUCUUGCUAGAUUUUUGCUUUGACAUCUCUGUUACCAUGGAAGGGAGGGAAGGGAGCACUGAUUUCAAGGAAGGUAAAAGAUAAUAGUAGGGAUUUCAAAACGACUGACAGUGGAUCAUAUGUUCUCCCUCUUUUAGCAGACAGUUUUUUCUUUAUCAUUCAUUUCCAGAAUAUUGGAAAUGAAUAGGAAGUGGUAUUCUUUUUACCCUCCAAAAAUAAGUGCCAUUUCAUUGUAUUUCUUUCAGCCAUUUGUAGAAAAGGGCCAUCCAAUCCAGAGAAUAUUUCUUCCAAGAAUGUAUGCUGUUAUAAUUCCUGUUGUUGCAGGCCUUGUGCUGUUAGGAGUAAUAGGUAAUUCUGACUUUAAUUUGAACCUUAGUCGCUGCGAAUAAACUUGCUUGCAGAGUCUUCUUCAAUCUUCCCGAGGGAGACUCUGUGAGCAGAUUAGUAUGAAUGGAUAUGCAGGGAUGUCAGUAAGAUUCAGGUAGUGUUAUUAGGUGGGUAAUUGAAUAGCUAGGGAGUUGUUUUGGUCAUUUUCCUUUGGGUAAGACUAAUCUGCGGAACUGCAGACUGCGAAACCGGCAGAACCUACAGAACCUAAAGAAAUGACUGUAUUGUUACAAUUGCCUUUGGCUAAUGUGAUAAAAUAAUUAGUUGCCAUUAAUUUUUUACAAUAACUGAGCAAUUUCUCACCUGCUGAUUGGUCGAGAGCUAUUGUCAAUAACAGUACAGACUACUGAAAACUGUUGUUGAUUUCGGUUUAGUAUCACUGAUCAAGAGCUCUGGUUCUGACACAGAAAGUCCUCGAGUUGUGGCCUUCUGGCUUGUUGUUAGUCAUCGGAAAGAAACAAGAGGUAUAGAUUUAAACACAGUAGAAUGAGAGCAUAAUGAGGGUAUUAUUGGCGCCUGCCGUCACUUCCCGUGACCGCUCUACAUCCAUCAUACACACAGCCUUUGGGACCUCAAAUUCUUUCUAACUAUAUAAAAGUAUUAUUCCAUCUCUUACCUAAAUGCCCUUCAUUCCACCAUUAAAUUUAUAUCAAACUGCUCAUUCAAAUCUUUCUCAUUUCUCUAUGUCAAGGUGUCCCCUAAUGGCGGUAGUGAUCUUUGAUCUUUGAAAUUGGUCCUCAUACUAAACCUACAACCGUCAAAAGCAGUAUCUUUUAUGCUCAUUAUCUUGCUCGUUACACACUAAACGAGCUUUUCCAUUCAGCCUUGCCCUGAGUAUACGUUGACAGGUUCCUCCAACAAGGCGUACAAUCUUGGUCUCCUCAACUGGGAGAUACAACAUGUUCAUACUAUCACACACUCAUACAAGCGACUCACCCACACGUAUCCCACUAGUUGUUGGAUACGCCCCAGCCAUUCGCUCAAUAUCAUCUAUUUUUCACAAGCACAUUUACAUUCUCUCAUCUUCCCUACGUUGUGCUACUUUGUUUAAUUAUAGACCUCUCGUUACUUUCCUAUGUACUAACAAGGUGGAAAUUUGCUAAGUGGACUUGCCGUUUGGAACCAGAGCUCUCAAUUAACGUUAUUGUGUUAUACACUGUUCAAAGUCCUCUAUUUUUCCGCAAGAUCACCGAGAACGAGUGCUAGAGGUGACCAUCUUGACUGGGUCUAGCUUGAACUAUACUUAAAGGGCGGGGGAUGGUUUGGGAACCCUGAGGCCUGCUCUCUCAGUACAUUUGAAUCCAAUUACAAAAUGGCUGCCAGUGAAGGUGAGCGUUCAAUCUCGACGAUCUUAUGAAAAAAAAGAGGGACUGUGAACAUUCUAUCAACGUUAUAAUUGAUUGUAACUAAUUACUUUAUCACGUUAACUAAAGGCAGUUGUAAUAAAACAGUCAUUUCUUUAGGUUCUGUAGGUUCCGCAGGUUCCGCGGUUCCGCGGUUCUACGGUCUGCGGUUCCUCAGAUUAAACUUACCUGAUCUUGCUUAUAGCAGCCAGUGAAAAUCCCUGGUCCCUGCUGGACCUUAGUGACAUUCCUGGGUAUAAUGUGUCCAAGCACAAAAAUGGAGAAAGUAGAGCACGAUUAAUGUGAGCAAUAAGUGCGGAGCAUGAGAGGAGCACAAGUGAAACUUGGCCGGCAAUGUGGCUUUUGGUCAGCACAUCGGACUCACAAUCCAGCAGCCCUGGGUUUGUUUGUAAAACAAAAAGGGCAAAUAAGUAGUUAAGCUAAGGUUAAUUAACAACCAUAAAUGUCUAUAUGAACUAGUAAUUGCAUCAUCUUGAAAAGCACAUUAUAUAAAUUAUAUGUUGUAGGUAUACGUGUAAAGUGUAUUCUCAGUUUAAACCCCUGGGGCGGGGGGGAGGGUGCUCAACAAAUGUUUCUACAGGGGGGCCUUGCCCCUAGGUCCAACCCCUUACCCUUUUAUACACCUUUUUUCAUGAAAAAGGUACCCCUUUUUUAUACUUUGUUUAGAACUUUGCAUCCAAGCUUAAAUUUCAUUGACAUUACACUCUCAUUGUUUUUUCCUUGGAGACACUUAGGAAACUAUGAAUCUCCUCCAUCUUGUGCACUUUCUCGUAACACACAGGCAGCAUACUUUAAUUGAGGAUAGUAUAAAGGCCUGCUGAAUAUAUAUAAUGGAAAGCACAUUUCUUGCUUGAUUCACUUAAUUUUGUCUGUGACCCUUGGUGGACAGACCAGUGGGUGAAAGAAAAAGCAGGGUUUUUAAUAAAAUUUUAAGUAGGUGGCUAUACCUUUGGAGUUGGUGGAGUAGGAAAAAACUUGUGGCAAAGGCACGAGUUUCUGGAAAAAUGUUGAAAUCUGGGCCUCUAAGAAGGCAUUUUCAGCAUUCUGGAGCAAAAAUUAGAGUGCUGAACAGAACACAGACAUCAUUAAAUUUUGGCUUUUUUAUUCAGUGACAGCACAUGAAUACUCUAUUUAAACUGGGGUAAUUUCCAAAGAAAAGUAAGAGGUGAGUUCAUGUGAAAUAGCCGGCGAAUUUGUUGGCCACCGGCUCUUAUUGAAAACCCUGAAAAGGACCUUGGACCGUGUGCAGGCAUUAGUCUCUUCCCCUUAUCUUGCAUUGUUUUCUUGUCUCUCGUGCUUAACACUUGACUAUACCUAAAUAAUAUUGCACUUUUGUCUAUUCACCAUUCGUACAAACGAGCCAAUACCUGUAAAUGACCUCUUUUAACUAUUUUCUAUGCCUUUUUUUCAGGAAUAUUUGUUGCUGUUGUAAUGCUUAAGAGCAAGAAGCCAAAAGCUAAGAAAGAGAGCUGAAAAUAUCUUGACUUUAAAUACAGACUGACAUUACUGGGCACCAAAAAUAGAGAAAAUGUGCCUUGAGGGUAACAUUCCUUUACGUCAUACAGUGAAGUCGAAAGAAUCAAAGAAAUACGUUUUCUUGAGUGACCAAGGAAUAGUUGCAAUUUAACAGUUUGGAGGUGGAUUUAUUAAUUGUUUCUUCUUGAAAACUUAACUAUACAUAUUAGCUGUCUUCCCAAGUAAAUGAUGUUUUUGGUGAUGUGGCUCAGUUUCACCCCUUCCACAUUACGGAUAGAUAAUUUUUUCAAUGAGGGUUUCACAUGAUAUCUACAGAUAAUAUACACAUGGCCCUCAAGAAAAAAUAUUUACAAAGAUUAUGAUCAUAAAAAGUACUUUUUUAACAAAAAAUGUAGUGGUAUGUCAAAAACUGGUCCUACUAAAAAGUGAUCCAUAGGGUUGUAAGAAUGUUUUCAAGUACUGUAUUUUCUCAAUUGAACGCCCCUGGCGUUUAUUAAAAAAUCAGCCGCAGUUUUAACCCUGCAUUUUUUCGAGGCUGGCGUUUAAUCAAGGAAAUAUGGUAGGUGAUUUUGCGAUCUUUUAUAUUAAAGAACCGCAGGAUAGACCUGCAAAGUACCUGCUGGCCAAAACAUGAAAUGGGUGGUGAUUUUUCUCACUACCAGCUUUUUUUACAACCCUGGAUCCGUAGAGAAACUUAACACAAAUUCAAACAUUUUCUUUUCAGAUUUUUACUUCCUUUAUUUUAAACCUGUGUAGAAUAGAUUUGUACUAUAUAUUGUUGAAUGUAAAAAAAGAAAUACAGUAAAGGUAGAGCAUUAAUAUAACAACCUCUAGAUAUAACUAAUUCCUUGAAUCAUGAUUAUACAGUGUGGGGAGAUGCCACAUGGUAUUUUUAUGGGCACUUCUUUUCAGCUCAUUUCAAGGAAUAAAAUCUGACAUAAUUACAGUUUAAAUUUUAGUGACAAUGAUAAUAUUCAUCACAAACUCUUUCCAAAACAAUUCAGUAGAAAUUAUUAAAGAGAGAAGUCUUGAGAUCAAUAAAUUUAGGACCAAUGGUUAACGACAGGGCUCAAGCUUCAAAAAACUUUCUCAGGGAAAAGGAGAUUUCUCUUUUGAGCAAGUAACUUUUCAUGCUCAAUUGCCCAAUUGGCAAAGGCAAAGCCUAGUCACGUUCUAACUUAAAAUUAGGAAUUAUACAACAGGUAAUUAAUGCCGCUAAACAGCAUUAAAAGAUGCUAGAUUUUGGGAGAAAUGCC